UGCGUAUACUUUUUUUGUUUACGAGAGAAUCCACUGCUAGUUGUCAUUCUUUCUUGACGGUCCAGCAAUUCACGAACAAAAGAUUGAGAGUGAAUGGAGGAGCUUUGACGUCCUGGCUCCUCCCGCGACGCCGACGGCCACCGUUGACUUCGAGUCUCCGACCCAACGUUAGACCGACGGAAUCCAUGCCCCCUCCCCUCUUUAAAUCCUUCCUCUCUUCUCCUCCUCUUAUCGCUCCUCGCCUUCUAAGCUUCUUUCAUGGCUGCUUCUUCACCGUCUCUCUGCCCUCUUCUUCUCUUCGUGGCCGUUGCGUUGGCGGUUUCCGGCACCGUCGGUGGCGCCACCCUGGGGCUGGAGGUCCACCACCGCUUCUCCGACCGCGUGCGGCAGUGGGCGGAGGCCCACGGUGGGCUCCCCGGCGGCUGGUGGCCCGAGAAGGGCUCCGUCGAGUACUACGCCACCCUCACCCACCACGACCGCGCCCUCCGCGGCCGGGCCCUCUCUGACGGCGGCGACCCCGACGAAGUUCUCUUCUUCGCCGACGGCAACGCCACUUACCGACUCAGCUCCCUGGGAUUCUUGCAUUACGCGUUUGUGGCGUUGGGGACGCCGAACGUGACGUUCCUGGUGGCGCUGGACACGGGGAGCGAUCUAUUUUGGGUGCCCUGUAAUUGCAUUAGCUGCGCUCCCACGUCUUCACCUGACUACGGGCUAACCAAUAUCGAGUUCGACAUCUACAGUCCAACUAAGUCGUCGACGAGCCAAAAGGUUCCUUGCAACAGCAGUUUUUGUGAGCUGAAAAGCUCAUGCUCAGCAGCAACUAGCAGUUGCCCUUAUGCAGUUCAGUAUGUAUCUGAUAACACGUCAUCUGUCGGAGUCUUAGUUGAGGAUAUUUUGUACUUCAAAACGGCGGAGACUAUUCCAAAAGUUGUUAAAGCACCAAUUGUUUUUGGCUGUGGACGGAUUCAGACUGGUGCAUUUCUGGAUGGUGCAGCUCCUAAUGGUCUGUUUGGGCUUGGUUUGGACAACGUAUCUGUUCCUAGUGUUUUAGCAAGUAAAGGAUACACUUCAGAUUCCUUCUCCAUGUGCUUUGGAAGUGAGGGUAUUGGGAGAAUCUAUUUUGGAGAUAAAGGUAGCUCAGACCAGGAAGAAACUCCAUUAGAUGUUAAUAACAGGAACCCAGUAUACAAUAUCAGCUUAACUGGAAUGGAAGUGGGGAAUAGUUCAGUAGAUGUGAAGUUUAGUGCUAUUGUUGACUCUGGUACCUCCUUCACAUAUUUGGCUGAUCCAGUUUACACGAAGGUUGCUGAAAGUUUUGAUACACAGGUACAAGAUAAUAAGCACAAAUCGGAUCCUGAUAUCCCAUUUGAGUAUUGCUAUGAAUGGAGUUCCAAACAAAAUUCAACUGUGCUACCUAAAAUAAAUCUAACAACAAAAGGUGGAAGCCCGUUUCCUAUAAAUGAUCCGAUAGUUAUCGUGUCCAAUAAGAAAAGCAAAUUGGUAUAUUGCCUGGCUAUCAUUAAGUCUCACAAACUGAACAUUAUUGGGCAAAAUUUCAUGACUGGACUCCGCAUUGUCUUUGACCGUGAGAGACUGAUCUUAGGUUGGAAGGAGUUUGAUUGUUUUGAUGUUGAGGAUUCCAGCACUCUCCCUGUUAACAAAAACCAAUCUGCAAUCCCUCCCUCGCCUGCUUUUGGACCAAGCAGUUACACCCCAGACGCCACAAAGGAGCGGGGAAACACUACUCAGGUCACAGUGCUGACACCUUCCAGCAGCCAUUCUUCACAUUUGAACUCCAUGAAGAGUAUCUUCUCGACAUUGAUUGUGCUCUCUCUGGCCAUUCUCUGAUUACUGUCACCCCAGGCUGCUUUCAGCUCCAUAACACGUUUUAUCGGUCAUAUACUACAGCAUACAUAUGUUUAGUUUUCAAUUAGGCUCAAAUCCACACCAUAUUGUAGUCAAAGAUAUUUUUCAUUUCAUGUAAUUCUUUUUUUCUCAUUUUCUUUUUUAUUAUUUUUUGUGCAUUUUAUUUCACACACUGGAUGUAGAUAUUGCAUUAUUAUAUGUGGAAAAAGGCUAGAAAAUGUUUGUGUAUAAUAAGUUUAUAAACAGAUAAAAAUAUUCAUAACAGAGUUGCAUCUUUUUUGAAC